UGGGGAUGUGCCGAGGAAAGGUGUGGUAGUCCAGAGGUGUGAAAUAGUAACGAACCAGGAAAAAGACGCUGAUAUUCUGAAUCUCAGAAGUGGUUAUCUGACAGAGGAAGUGACGUCAUAUCCACCAAUAUGGCGAGUUAUACAUUUCUAAUGGACGUCGGCAAUGCUACGCUCACGGAGUCAGAGGUUGCCUCCAUGGUCAAACUUUCUGUAACCGGAAGUGGAUUUUCAUUGGUCGGAACCAUGCUGUCCCUCUGUCUUAUAUGUUUUUUGCCAGUCACAUCCGAUGGGAUGUUCAUUCUGAUCAAUUUGAAUAUUUCGCUUAUUGGAGCACAGCUAGCACUGAUCGGAGCGGAAAAUUCAUUUGAGAGCAGACUUGUGUGUAGAACAGCCACGGCCGUAAUCCAUUACUUCUUUCUGACGCUCCAGUUCUGCUCGCUCUCCUUUGGACUUCAUCUCCUGUCAAAGCUGAGAUCGGUGACCAUUCUGGAGCGGUUCCACAGGCGGGUGGUGGUGCUGGCGGUGUGUUGGGUGCCCGCUAUGGUGGUGGUCGGUCUGACGGCAACCCUGAGGGGCGACAGCUACGGAUCGGGGUCUCUCUGCUGGUUGACCCCUGAGCAGGGAACCCGAUGGGCCUUUGUUGGCCCCACUCUGGCAAUACAAUUAGUGAAUCUCAGCAUAUUUGGGUUAAUCAUGGCCACGAGAUUUGCAAUGGACGUCAAACGAGAUUACAAACUUCGGCGUGUUUUAAAGAAUCAGUUGUUGACCGCUGUGUCUCUGGUUCCGGUCCUUGGGCUAAUGUGGACUCUGGGUUUGGCCACCACCCUUGGCGUCGCCAAGUCUGUCCAGUACAUGUUUGUGGCCUUCUGUUCCACACAGGGUAUGUGUAUAUUUCUUGGUCACGUAAUUACCAAUGGUCACGUGAGAAAGUUGCUAUGCGUCAAGAUGAAGCCUGAGAAUGAUAAUGAAGAGGAAGCUUCCAUAACUAACGGCAUCAGCAAUGACGUCACAAACGUGUCCCAGAUUUCUGAAAUGGUGGAAUUGCCAAGAGGUGGAGUAAGUUCUGGUGAGAAAGACAAGGAGAAACAGAGAAGCCAGUCUAUAGCGGAUACACAGGUUACCUCCCGGAACCUGCUGAAUGUCCCCGAGGGAAAAUGUCGGCUCCGCACCCCACGGCAUAGUCUAAACAAAAUUUAAACCUCACUAAAGACCCGAGUGGACACCUGAAGUCUAACACCUUCACGACUGAGAGCACCACAUACGAAAUAUCUGGUUAGGCGAAGAUCGUCCCGGAGGCAUAGUACACGACUCCUACAAGAACUAUACAAGUUGCUGUCCUUUAAAAAAGGACUACAAUACGUGGACCAUUUGCAUGUGUUUCCAAGGAAAACGUGAAAGCCUUAAGAUUAUCAGAGAUUCCACCGACUCUAGCCCUCUGCUUUUAAUCACUCAAUUUGUACGUUGUAUUACGUAUACAUGUAUGUAUAGCCCAGACUUUUUCUCUUAGAAUUUAAAGGAUUCUUUCUUCUAAAAUAAUUAUGAUCUAUCUAUGAAUGAAGUUUGCAUGUAUAGUAUCAGGCAUUUGGUGAAUUCUACUAUUUUCGCACACAUUACG